CUCUCCGACAAUCGUCAGAGCACUCUUUCUGCUACGGCCUUGCCAAUCCCAAUGGCAUCUCGACGUCCCCUACCGACGCCGCCAGCGCCGCCAUUGGGAUUCAAGUAUAAUCAGUAUACCCUCUCCAGGCCAACCGACAUGUAUCCCCCAGGAAACCCCUAUUAUUCGCCCUACUAUAAUCCUGAUACAUACGGUGAACCUACUACCACUCUACCGGGAGGAACCCUGCUUCACAAGGGCUUCUAUGAUCUCUUGUCUAUGAUACCCACCCCGUCGUCACCGUCCCGAUUGUUGCAACAGUGGAUGGCUCAGGCCCCCGAGCCAGUGGUAGCGGGGCCGCGAUACGAGCACAUAGGUUCUGGUCCUAUGCCGGCAAACAAGCCCGUCCAAAGUCCCCCAGUAUCACCCAAGAAGGGCCGCAGAAUUAGCAAGGAUAUGGUGUCGCGUCCAACGGGCUUUGUCCACCUCGUACACGCCUCAGAUGCUGAUCAGGCCGAGGCUCUGCUGACUCGGUGGGGCCCUGACGGACUAGGCAAGCUGGGAGAUCCCCGCUGGGCAAACCCCAUUAAGAAUCGAAUCCGCUACAACAACGAUGUGCGGCCCGUCAACGAGGUAGUCAGCCCUGUGCAACCAUCUCAGAGCACUAGCAAAAUAAUCGACGCCGGUGCUCUUGGCCCUCUUCGCGUCGUCAACGGCAUGAGUACAACGACCACCUCAACCCUGACCACUGCGGCACGAGAGAAUGUUUCUGUGUCUCCGGCUGAAGGCCUUCCUGGGCGUCCUGGGAACUCCACAAUCCGCUGGGGAGGCGAUCUUGUUACACAUCUUGAGGAACAGCACGAACAUGACCUUCUUCCGGUGAAAGACCUUCCCGAGACACCGCCAGUGCCUAAACCCAUCACGCCGUCUUUGGCAACUUUGGAAAAAGCCGUCUCUGCUCGCAUCUAUUUUGAGAAUCUCUAUUUUCCGUUGUUUCGUCAUACACCUUCUCGAGAACAGAGACGAUUGGCUAUGGAGAGAGACAUGAUGGACAUGCAACUCGGCAGCGCUCAGAAGGAAAAUUUGCGUGCUCGCUGGCGUCAGAAUGAGACUGAUUACUUGCGAGAGAAGAGACAAAAAGUCGACGUCACGGCGUUCACAAUACUGAAGACAAUUGGACACGGCGCUUUUGGAGUGGUGUCUCUUGUCAAAGAACGGUCCACAGGCCAGCUAUACGCCAUGAAACAGCUGCGGAAGACAGAUAUGUUACGCAAAGGACAGGAGGGUCAUGUCCGCGCUGAGCGUGACAUACUCAAGUCUGCUUCCUUGGUUGCUUCUCCCGGAGGCGCGGAAUGGAUCGUCAGACUCCACUAUAGCUUCCAAGAUCGUGAUAAUCUGUAUCUUGUUUUGGAGUAUAUGGGGGGUGGUGAUCUUCUUAACCUAUUGAUUGAAAGAGACAUAUUCGAGGAAGAAUUCACUCGAUUUUAUGUUGCCGAAAUGGUUCUAGCUAUUGAAUCGUGUCAUAAACACGGAUUCAUCCACCGUGAUAUCAAGCCAGACAAUUUUUUGUUCGAUCCCGAAGGUCAUAUCAAAUUAAGCGAUUUUGGUUUAGCCACAGAUCUCCAUUGGGCCCACGACACUUCUUAUUAUGAACAACAACGUUUACAUCUACUACACAAACACGGGAUUGAUUUGGAGGAUACUAAUGGAAUUGCUGAUGGGCGAAAGACGAAACGCAUGAAUCGCAAGGAUGUAGAACUCCUGAUGGGAGGAGAAGGUGAAGGUGGACUCUUCACAUGGAGAGAGAAAAAUCGGAGAAAGCUGGCAUAUUCUGUCUGUGGUACGAACUCGUACAUGUCUCCUGAGGUGAUUCGCGGGCACGGUUAUUCUUACUCCUGUGACUGGUGGAGCCUUGGCGUUAUCAUGUACGAAUGUCUUUAUGGCCGACCCCCGUUCGUUAGCAACUCGCGUCAUAUCACCAGACAGAAGAUUUUAAAUUGGAAACAGACUCUGCGCUUUCCGUCACGACCCCGCGUAUCUCGUGAGGGAGUAGACUUGAUGACGCAGUUGCUUUGCGAACCCGAGGACCGUCUGGGGUCGCAAGCAUCGGCGUCGGUUUCGAGACCCAACUCGCUCGUUGUCCAGGCCAGGCGAAGUGGCUUCAUGUCAGUAAGUGGAGAUGUUGACGGAGCGGAUCACAUCAAAGCCCAUCCCUGGUUCCGGGGAAUUGAUUGGGCAAACAUCCAUCGCUAUCAAGCACCAUAUCUUCCCGAGCUUCGGUAUCCUGAAGAUACCCGUCACUUCGAGGAUGAUAUUCCUGCCGAGCCGCUUGAACCUGCUAAUGGUGCACCUGCUGAUGCUACUCGUGAUCCAUUGCUCCGACAUGAAGUUCACGGGGCCGAAAUCUUGGACGUACGGAAGGCCCUUGCCUUUGCUGGAUUCACUCACAAGAGUCCUCGGGCUAUCAGCUACGUCAGAGCGGACAAGGCCUUCUACCCACAACCAGACACAUACGGCCAAGAGCCUACCAGAGGGCGGUCGACUUUGCCUCAGCAAACGGUUGGGAGGGGUCGCGCCAUUUCCAUGUAAUCUGUUUCCACCGGCAUUCCUACUACCUGCCGCUUUCUAACUACUAAUGAUUAUACCCCUUCCCCACGAACUGGACGGCAUCAUUAAUCUAUCAUAAUAUAUAUAGAUGUGUUUAUCUUUUUUCCUUAUCCUGUAAUCUUCACGAUCGUGAAAUGAACGAACUUAUGAAUGCGAUG